AGCACCCCACAAAAAACUCAUCUCAUUUCCCAUUCAAACAUAUCACAUAGAGCAAAAACACAAAUUUUCUAGUUUCAUUGUAAAAUUGUACCCAGAAUUCCAAGAAUGUGUAUUUGUCCCACAGAUUGGAUACCAUCACAUAAUCUUCAAGUUUCUUCGCAGAAAAGACCGAAGCGGUCUAGAGUUCGCAUACACAACCUCCCAAGAAGGAAGCAACGCAAAGAGACGAUGGACAAGGAUAUGAAGCUUAAGAACUUGAAGCUGUACAUGGAGAAUAUAAGUAUAAUAGAAGAAAAUGAAAAGUUGAGGAAAAAAGCUACUCUUCUGCAUCAAGAAAAUCUUGCUUUAAUAGCUGAGUUUCAAAACAGAUUUUCUAAGCAUGAUCGUCUUAAUAAGGAUGAAUCGAAGAACACCGUGCAUUGAUCGACCUCUUAGUGGUAAAAAUCCGUAUGGACUAUCACGAGGUCUUUUCUUUAGCCGAUGUGAUCAUAAUUUUUCUAUCGAGUCUGCUAGAAAAUAUUUAUUUUCUUCUUGUGCUGCCUUAUCUGUUUCUAUUGACUUUUCUUGUUAUGUUGGAAUAUUAAAGAAAGGGGAUAUCAAAUUAUCUGGCAAAUUUGUGUAACUAUAAUUGUCGUCUUGUAUGUAGAAGAAUUAACAGGUUAGAAUUUGUUUUUGGCC